AUGUCCUCCUCAACAACAACAUAUCAACCCACUACUACCAAGACAUCCUCUUUCAAUUUUGAACCUCAAGACUCAGCUAUCAGGUCGAAAUCCCUGGUAAGAAACCGAGAUGAUGAUGAAGUAUAUGAAGCGUACAUCAGUGGACCCAUCAAAGGUGUCGCAUUCUACCUCUUUCAUCCUAACGAACUUCGAAAUGAUCAUCCAAUCUGGCACUACUUUUACUUGUGCACCUUAAUAUUUGCCUCCUUUGUCUCACUAUUCGUGGGUCCCGUGAUCUUCGGUAUGUUGGCGGCUAUUGGCGGCGUUGCAACCCCGCUCGCUCUGAGUUUGGUUGGUAGUGGCAUAGGGUUACUCUUGGGGCUGGUUUUUGGAGUCGUUUUCUCGGUAGUCUGCAUUGUCGCUUUGGUUAGAGCUCUUGGGUGGGUCGCCCAGUGGGUUUUGGAUACCCUUUGGUUCGGUGGAAGUGAUUUGAUGUUGAUCACCAAGGAACAAAUUUUAUAUUUGAUUAACAAUCAAGACUAA